AUGACGGACCCCCAGUCUCCUUCACAUUUCAUACAGCAAUUCCACGCUGAGACUGCCCCUCCUCAGUUUCAGCAACCCUCCCACGAAGCGCUUCAGCCCAACUCCAUCCCACCCACGCCGGAUGGAGGCAUAGAUGCGGGUCCCUGCUCCGACAUAGCGGUCCCCAACGACAUCUCUUCGUUUCUCGACGCUUCUCUGCCGCAGCCUUUCCCGCUGCCUUCCGUCUUACCCCAGCCUCUUAGAACUCCCACCAUCGAGGACCGACCGUAUCUUGAUCUGACCCUCAACCUUCCUCACAGUAACUUUUCGCUUCCCACAUCCACGGUCCUUAGAAGCACGCACAAUUUGCGUCUACCCUCGUUUGAUGUCCUGGGCAUUGCUGCGCCCCACCCUGAUCGUAUUCCGCCUCAAAUACAUCAAUCUUUCUCUCCACUAGGCGCUGGUCCUCUCUCAAAGCCAGAGGAUCCUCUCCAUGCACUCAGCCCACCACUCGACUUCUUUAGCCACGCCAACAGGGCCAGCCAUACCCCCGUUACCAGUCCCAAGGCAGCUAGAGCCCGCGCUGGAUAUCUUGUGUCCACUCACACGCCUCCCUCGGAUACGGAGCCGGGGACGAUCAGUUGGGGAUCCUUUGUGAACGUACGGACAGUUGGAUUGGGUUCGCCUCCGAAUUCUGAGCCGGGCGUGUCGCCAAACCUCCACACCACUGCUAGUGCGACAGCUCCCCCUCAAGCGCCUAUUGUCGUACCAACUCUCGACGAGUUCAGCGACGCGCUUAGAAUGGCAGCGUGGAUAGAGGAGGCCAAACGCACCAUCAUAUCCGAAUCUGGAUGCCUGAACUUGGAGUCAGUCAAGAUAUUGUCUCACGCGCUCCCUUGCCCAUCGACAUCAGGCCAUAUUUUCGGUCAGAUAAUCGCCUCAAUUCACGACAGAUCGUCAACACAAACGUCAUGGAUCAACGUAUUCCACGCGCUUCCCGGCCGCUACACACUGAUGGACCUACCCAAGUCUCCACCAUCUACCCCUGGUCCUGCUGUUGGAGGAGACUCGUACUUUACCAGCAAAGUUUUUGACAGCGCGGUCGCUAUUCCUGACUAUCAACUCGAUUCGAAACUCCUGCCUCCAUCGCCUCGACCCGUUGUGCCACCUGGAAGCAUUAAUGUCUCAAUUGUAGAGCGAUACAUUCCACCUACCAACACGAAUGAGUUUGCUGAGAUGUUCACGUUUCGGGGUCGAUCUUUGUUGUACGAUCGCCUAAUUGAGUUGUCUAGUGACGAUGGCGUUCUUCUCUUCAUCUACCCGACGAAAACAGGCGCGAGAACCUUCAUGCAGCAGUACCUUGGACCCAUUCUUGACCCACUUUUGCGAACCGUGACGGUAGUUCACGAUCUCCACUCUGAGCUAGGGAGGAGUCUAGGUCAAAUGAGUUCAGUCAACUAUCUGGACGAAUAUGGCCACCUGGAAGCGCAAGUUCGGAAAUACUGCGAAGCAAUGGGCGAAAGACAUGCGAAUCUCGAUAAAAGAGCAAAAUAUGAGGUCAUUCAUGCGGCGAAGGAACAGAUCCUAUUACAACGAUCGGCAUGGGCGGACGAUUGGUGGAUCAAACAAGAGAAGCCUCGUGUGCGGGAGGUUAUCACCAAGUACUUCAGCAAGUCGAAAAAGCUCCCAAGUUCCGAGAUGAGUGCCGCGACCCUGAUUCAGGCUGUCUUGGAGGGGGUAUCGGAGCGAGACUACCACGACGGUGAGCCCAGCAAAGGCGUAGAAGUUGGUGUCUUUAUGAUCAAAACCCCCCAAUCCGCCCUCCUCUCCAACCAUGAAGUCCUCCUGCACCUCCGACAAGAAGAUGCAGAAUACACGGGCGCCGACGAAACGGGUCGGAAACGCAAGAAGCCAUCUGGUUUAAACCACAUGUUACGAGACGGACUCGCCUACCUUCAAACUCCAGACUACACGACUUCAUCACUCGCUGAUCAACAUCCCAACCGGCCCAUGACGUUGUACCGAGGACCAAACAGUCUGUUCCGCGCAUUGGCGCCAAAGUACCGAUUGAACAAGGCAGAGUAUCUUCAGAUGUACAAUUUGAGGCCCACUACGCAAGUCAUGCUCGAGUUGGUCAUCGAAGAGGCGGGUACACGUUUCACUGAGGAUGAACUACACGACAUUUUAGCCAUCAUUCAGCAAGUCUUUGAUGAGGAAGAAGGCAAUAUUCCUGCUGGAGUGGAGAACAUGGAGAUGCCGAAGAUUGCGAACAAAUUGUUGGGUGCCAACAAGAAGAGGAGAAAGGCUAAGCGUAAGGCUUGA